AUGGAGUGGUUUGACCUCAUCCUAAUGUUUCUUACCCUUCCUCUUUCAUCAUCAGCACAAGGACAAAAUUGUUUUGGAGGCAUCGAGGCGUAUGAAAAGAGCACAAAUAUCGCAUUUAGCAGCUCCGUUCAGUUCAACACAAUACUGGAACGCCAAGAUCAGUCUAUCACUAAAGACUGUAUAAACUUAUGUAAACAAGAAGCUCAAUGUUUGUCAUUUGCUCUGGACUAUCAUGGAUUUCGGUGUUUCUCAUACAGUGUAAGUUCUGUCGGGCGGAGGGAUCUGCUUGUGGACCAACCAAGAACUAAUUUCUUUGAAAAGAUAUGUAUCCGCGGAGUGGACAAGUCAACCUAUGACAGACUUUGUGGAGGUCAGCUCUGGAGUUUCGAGAGGGUCAAAGGAGCUUAUCUUGACGGUUUUGUCGAUCGUAACAUUCCAAACAUUCAGAAUAAAGAGGAAUGUGAGAAGCUUUGUCUGAUAGAAAGUUCCUUCACUUGUCGCUCAGCUGACUAUGAUGAAAUCCAACGCUUGUGUCGAAUGAGCAAGGAAGACCGACGAACUCAGCCGCAAGCAUUCCGACAAGUUCCCGGAAGCAACCGAGACUAUUUUGAGAACCUCUGCACCAGUUCAACUCCAGUCACCUGCAAGUACGAACAACGCCCAGAACGGACGGUAGUAUCCAUGGAUUUUCUCCAGUUUGCGAAUACAGCAGAAGACUGCGAAAGACAGUGUACUGAAGAGAUCACUUUUAACUGCAGAGCCUACACUUUCCUAGCCAACAAGUGUUACCUGAGUGGAGAUGAUGUCAUUAGCCUUGGUAACAUCGAACUUCCUGAGAAGCAGAGCGCCAUCUAUGGCGAAAAACAAUGCGUUGUUGACAAAUGUACUGGAGGGAUCUUUACAUUUGAGAAAAUAACAGGUUACGUUUUGAGAUCAGCAGUGACUCAAACAAUUCCUUUGUCCAAUCCUGGAGCUCUAGGGAAUACUCUUCAGUGUAAAGAGUUCUGUCAGAACGCCGGACUCAACUGUCCAGCAUUUACCGUCAAUUACCGUAAUAUGCGAUGUGACCAGUUGGACCGAAACUCGCAAGGUCGGACCCGUGAGUUAGCACCAAGAACAGCUGAAAAUUACUUUGAAAGACUGUGCCUAAGAGGUUGGUAUAGAACUGAGGUGUGA